GCAGGAUCCGCGUGUUCGUGGGGGGCCAGAUCAACAGGAUGGACCAGGAGAGAAAGGCGAUCAUUUCCCUGUUGAGCAAGUUCCGACUGGGAUUCCACGAAGUUCAUGUCCUUCCUGACAUCAACCAGAAGCCGCGGGCUGAGCACACCAAGCGGUUUGAGGACAUGAUUGCGCCCUUCCGCCUGAAUGACGGCUUCAAGGACGAGGCCACUGUCACAGAGAUGAGGCGGGACUGCCCCUGGAAGAUCUCAGAUGAGGAGAUUAACAAGAACAGAGUCAAGUCCCUCCGGCAGGUGAGGCUGAAUGAGAUUCUGCAGGAUUCCUCCCGGGACGCCGCUCUGGUGGUCAUUACCUUGCCUAUAGGGAGGAAGGGGAAGUGCCCGAGCUCGCUGUACAUGGCCUGGUUGGAGACGCUGUCCCAGGACCUCCGACCUCCGGUCAUCCUGAUCCGAGGGAACCAGGAGAACGUGCUCACCUUUUACUGCCAGUAACUCCAGGCUGGGCCAUGCCUGCCCACAGCUGAGGGCGCCCGGGACAUCCGCCUGUCCGUGGGACAGACUCUCAUGUCCUGUUGUACUUUAAGCAUCUGAUGAUCCGACUGAAGAAGCUGGUAGAUUUCCAAACUUUGGCUGGUCCCCACUCCCCUGGGACAGUCCUCUGGGCUUUGCUUUUAUGGGCCAGAGAAGUAGCAGAUGGAGUUGUGUGGAAACUUCUCUGGUGAAUCCAUUUUCCUUUUAAGUUUUCUUUUGAUCUCGAUUACAAUGAAUUAAGAUUU